GAACCAGCCAAGUCACCCAUGUUGAAAACCCCAGGAAACCCCAGGGCACUUCUGAGAAAUCAGACUCCCGCUGGGAAGGCGGGGCCUGCGCAGCCCCAGCAGCUGCAGCCACAGGGCUCAGGCCUCUGCUUCAGGACGCGUCCACCUUCUUCACCUCGGACCCACCUGCUCCCCAAACCGGAGAUGAUCAAGGAGGAAUACGAGGUGUCUGUGCUGGGGGCUCCCCAGAACUCAGGGCCCAUGAUGUCCACCGUGGUCCACGUCCAGGAUGAGCCCGUGGUGCCCGACCACAUCGUCUGGUCCCUGUUCAACACCCUCUACUUCAACGUAUGCUGCCUGGGCUUCGUGGCCUUGGCCUACUCCGUGAAGUCUAGGGACCGGAAGAUGAUGGGAGACAUGACUGGGGCCCAGAGCCAUGCGUCCACCGCCAAGUGCCUGAACAUCUGGGCGCUGACCGUUAGCCUUGUUGUGUUGGUCAUUUUCUUCAUUCGUUUCAUCAUUAUACCUGCUUCUCACAAGUCCCUGUAAAUGUGACGUCAGAAAGCGUUAGCGAGGCCACUGGUACUUGCCCCCAGCGGAGACUGUCGCGUGUUCCCAGCUGUGUCUACACCCGUGUCUACGAUGGCGCUCAAUAAAGCAGGUGUUGGUGACGA